AUGUGGCGGAAAACAUUUGCAAUCGAUGGAGUGACGGUAACUUGUAAAACCCAGGAUUUUGCGAAUAUUGUAUCAAAUCUCAAAAGUGGUGUUGUUAUAGACGACAGCGAUGAUUGGCUAUCAGAUGUAAGAUUUAUUUAAACCUUUUAUCACCAAUCUACGACACUGUUAAAAUACGACCGAGCUGAUGUAGGCACCUGCAGCUUCAUUUGCAUGACGUCUGCAGAGCGGAAUGCAAUCUAGGCGGCAGACCUGCGGAAAAACUAAGAAAAAAUUGUUUCUCGAUUUUUUUUCAAUUCAUUUAUUCUCUUGAAAUUCGUUUCCUAUUCAGCAUUUCCCCCUUCGGAGAGCUGCUGCAGUAGACGCGCAGCAGGCACACAUUGCAUUCAGAUCUGCAGUAGGGCUGCAGCAGCACGCAUGCCGUUUUUACCAGUGCCAGUGCGAAACUCUUUUUGUUUCAGGCCGUUGUGCAAAAAUAUACACCUCUCGAAUUAAUCGAAGCAGCUCGAUCUGAGCUAUCAAAGACACCACAGGAUAAGAUUCAAGCUUCCAAAAAGGGUUGGAUGGCCGCAGCAUUGUCGAUAAAAAUUUUGUUCAUAAAAUCGCUCAAACUUGAUGUGACAACAUAUAAUACUCUUUCAUUUUUUGCGCAUCUCUCAUUGGAUAUUGGUGAUUUAGAGUUUCAUGAUCAAUAUUCUCUGAGAAACUGUUGGCAAGUCGCCGAGCGGUGAGUUAGGUUUUUUUGGUAUUAAUUUUCAUUUCGCUUUUUUAGCCUCCACCAAGAAUAUUAUGGAGUAUGGGAGCCUGAUUUCUAUGCCGAUUAUAUUGAAUCAGAUUAUUCAAAGAUUUUGGAUAAUGUACAACAUUUUGUGGUAUUUUUAUCAAAUAUAGAUCAUCAAAAUCUUCGAGAUCGGUUUCAUAAGGAAUUUCCAUCAUCCUCUCCGUCAUUGGUAUUUCGAAAACAAAGUGGGAAUAUCAAAAUUGGAGACACCGAUUUUGAAGUCGAAUCCACAGCAUUCUAUCAUCCGGAAAGGUAUUACGGAGAAUAA